AUGAAACAUGUUGCCAUGGAAACAGAAGAUGACACCUUCACACUUCUAACAGAGGCAUACAACAAUAUUGAAUACUGCUUGGAUCAUUUCAAAAGAAGCAAGGAGAAAUUGUUGGAAUUUGUUGAAAAAACACGUACGUUGAAGCAGGCGGCAAUGGAGUUUGGCAGUUCAAACCAAACAUCACCUGAUAACAAUGAAGAAGAAAUUAUUCGGAUGCUUGGAAUACGCAGCAUUCCUGAUGAAAUAAAUAUCCAUCCACCUGCAUCUAUACAUACCAAAGGUAGUGGAACUAAGAAAAGAAUGGUUAGUGCUAUUGAGAAAGUCGUUGCAGCUGCAAAGAAAAAAACCAGAAUGUGCACAGGUUGCAAUCAAUAUGUUAACCAUAAUUGGAGGACUUGCAAAGUAAGACUUGCACGAGAGUCAAAAGCAGCUUAA